AUUCCCCCUCCUCCCCCGGGAGCGGCGGCGGCGGCGGCCGGGCCGGGGCCCCAGUGAGGCCGGGAGGGGGCACGGCGGAGGCCGUGGAAGCCGGCGCGGGAGGAAACCGCGCUCAGUUCCUCAGGCUGCGCCGACCUGCUCUGUGGCCGGCCUGCCCGCGCCCAGGGGCCCCGAACGGCGGGGCUCGGCCGGCGGCUGAGGUCUGUCUCCUUGGUUCCCAGGUGCCAUGAGGAAGCCUCGUCGGAAGUCACGGCAGAAUGCCGAGGGCCGGCGUUCCCCGUCCCCCUAUAGUCUCAAGUGUUCACCCACCCGGGAAACCCUGACAUAUGCUCAGGCCCAGCGGAUUGUUGAGGUAGACAUUGAUGGACGCCUGCAUCGAAUCAGCAUCUAUGACCCACUCAAGAUCAUUACUGAGGAUGAGUUGACUGCUCAGGAUAUCACUGAAUGCAAUAGUAACAAGGAAAACAGUGAGCAGCCUCAGUUCCCUGGCAAGUCCAAGAAACCCUCAUCCAAGGGCAAAAAGAAGGAAUCCUCCUCCAAGCAUGCAUCUGGCACCUCCUUCCACCUCCCACAGCCCAGCUUCCGCAUGGUGGAUCCAGGCCACCAGCCAGAAGCACCCCCACUGCCCGCUGCCUAUUAUCGCUACAUUGAAAAGCCACCUGAAGACCUGGAUGCAGAGGUGGAGUAUGACAUGGACGAGGAGGACCUCGCCUGGCUGGACAUGGUGAAUGAGAAGCGGCGAGUAGAUGGACAUAGCUUGGUGUCAGCAGAUACUUUUGAGCUGCUGGUGGACCGGCUUGAGAAGGAGUCAUACUUGGAGAGUCGCAGCAGUGGGGCCCAGCAGUCACUCAUUGAUGAAGAUGCUUUCUGCUGUGUGUGUCUGGAUGAUGAAUGCCACAAUAGCAAUGUCAUUCUCUUCUGUGACAUCUGCAACCUGGCUGUGCAUCAGGAGUGCUAUGGUGUGCCCUACAUCCCCGAGGGACAAUGGCUAUGUCGUUGCUGCCUGCAGUCUCCCUCUCGGCCUGUGGAUUGUGUUCUCUGCCCCAAUAAGGGUGGCGCCUUCAAACAGACCAGUGAUGGGCACUGGGCUCAUGUAGUAUGUGCCAUCUGGAUCCCUGAAGUCUGCUUUGCUAACACCGUGUUCCUGGAGCCUAUCGAAGGCAUUGACAACAUCCCACCCGCCCGCUGGAAGCUAACUUGCUAUAUCUGCAAGCAGAAGGGGCUGGGUGCAGCAAUCCAGUGCCAUAAAGUGAACUGCUAUACAGCCUUCCAUGUAACAUGUGCACAACGGGCUGGGCUCUUCAUGAAGAUUGAGCCCAUGCGAGAAACCAGUCUCAAUGGCACCAUUUUCACUGUGCGCAAGACUGCCUACUGUGAGGCCCACUCGCCACCAAGUGCUGCCACUGCCAGGAGGAAGAGUGACUCCCCCAGAAGCCUCAGUGAGACUGGGGAUGAGGAUGGAUUGAAGGAGGGUGGUGGGGAGGAGGAGGAGGAAGAAGAAGUGGAGGAGGAGGAGCAGGAAGGCCAAGGUGGGGUGGGCAGCCCCCUCAAGGGAGUGCCCAAGAAGAACAAGAUGAGUUUGAAGCAAAAGAUCAAGAAAGAGCCAGAGGAAGUGGGACGAGACACAACCUCCACUGUCCCCAUGGUCACUGUCCCACAGAUACCCUCUUACAGGUUGAACAAGAUUUGUAGUGGUCUCUCCUUUCAGAGGAAAAACCAAUUCAUGCAGAGGCUUCACAACUACUGGCUGUUGAAGCGGCAGGCACGGAAUGGUGUCCCCCUCAUCAGGCGCCUGCACUCCCACUUACAAUCCCAAAGAAACGCUGAGCAGCGAGAGCAGGAUGAGAAGACUAGUGCAGUGAAGGAAGAGCUGAAAUACUGGCAGAAGCUCCGGCAUGACUUGGAGAGGGCACGGCUGCUGAUCGAGCUGAUUCGCAAGAGAGAGAAGCUCAAGCGGGAGCAGGUCAAGGUCCAGCAGGCUGCCAUGGAGUUGGAGCUAAUGCCAUUCAAUGUUCUGCUGAGGACAACGCUAGACCUGCUGCAGGAGAAGGAUCCCGCACACAUCUUUGCUGAACCUGUUAACCUGAGUGAGGUUCCAGAUUACCUGGAAUUCAUAUCCAAGCCAAUGGAUUUUUCUACUAUGAGGCGGAAGCUGGAGUCCCACCUGUACUGCACCUUGGAGGAAUUUGAGGAGGACUUUAACCUUAUAGUUACCAACUGCAUGAAGUAUAAUGCUAAAGACACAAUUUUCCACCGAGCAGCUGUCCGCCUGCGGGACCUGGGAGGGGCCAUCCUGCGGCAUGCCCGGCGGCAGGCAGAGAACAUCGGCUAUGACCCCGAGAGGGGCACCCACCUGCCCGAAUCACCCAAAUUGGAAGAUUUUUAUCGCUUCUCCUGGGAAGACGUGGACAACAUCCUCAUCCCAGAGAACCGGGCGCAUUUGUCUCCAGAGGUGCAGCUGAAGGAGCUGCUGGAGAAACUGGAUCUGGUGAGCGCCAUGCGGUCUAGCGGGGCCCGCACCCGCCGUGUCCGCCUGCUACGCCGGGAGAUCAAUGCCCUUCGGCAGAAGCUGGCACAGCCACUGCCACCACCACAGCCACCAUCACUGAACAAGUCAGUGUCCAAUGGGGAGCUUCCAGCAGGGCCCCAGGGGGAUGCAGCUGUGCUGGAACAGGCACUACAGGAGGAGCCAGAAGACGAUGGGGACAGAGAUGACUCCAAACUGCCUCCCCCACCAACCCUGGAGCCCACUGGGCCUGCACCUUCCUUGUCUGAGCAAGAAUCCCCUCCAGAUCCCCCUACUCUGAAACCCAUCAGCGAUAGCAAACCUCCAAGUCGAUUCCUAAAGCCCAGAAAGGUAGAAGAAGAUGAGCUCUUGGAAAAAUCACCUCUGCAGCUAGGGAGUGAGCCUUUGCAACGCUUGCUCAGUGACAAUGGCAUCAAUAGACUGUCUCUUGUGGCCCCUGACACCCCUACUGGUGCUGCUUUUAGUGGUGUGGGUCGCCGCACAUCAGUCCUCUUCAAGAAGGCCAAGAAUGGGGUUAAACUACAGAGGAGCCCAGACAGGGCCCUGGAGAAUGGUGAGGACAAUGGUGUGAUGAGCUCUCCCACCUCUCCAGCCAGCAUUGAGGAUGAGCGCCAUUCUCGAAAGCGACCAAGGAGCAGGAGCUGUAGUGACAGCGAAGGGGAGCAGUCCCCCCAGCAGGAGGAAGAGACAGGUGUGACCAAUGGCUUUGGAAAACACACUGAAAGCGGGUCUGACUCGGAAUGUAGUUUGGGUCUCAGUGGAGGACUGGCAUUUGAAGCUUGCAGUGGUCUGACGCCCCCCAAACGCAGCCGUGGGAAGCCAGCCCUAUCUCGAGUGCCCUUCCUGGAAGGUGUGAAUGGAGACUCCGACUACAAUAGCUCAGGCAGAAGCCUCCUGAUGCCCUUUGAAGACCGCGGAGACCUGGAGCCCCUGGAGCUGGUGUGGGCCAAGUGCCGAGGCUAUCCCUCCUACCCUGCCUUGAUCAUCGAUCCCAAGAUGCCCCGGGAGGGCCUCCUGCACAAUGGCGUCCCCAUCCCUGUCCCCCCACUGGAUGUGCUGAAGCUGGGAGAGCAGAAGCAGGCAGAGGCUGGAGAGAAGCUCUUCCUUGUCCUCUUCUUUGACAACAAGCGCACCUGGCAGUGGCUUCCUAGGGACAAAGUUCUGCCACUGGGUGUGGAAGACACCGUGGACAAGCUCAAGAUGCUGGAAGGCCGCAAGACCAGCAUCCGAAAGUCGGUACAGGUGGCCUAUGACCGCGCAAUGAUCCACCUGAGCCGAGUCCGGGGGCCCCACUCCUUUGUCACCUCCAGCUACCUGUAAGGGAGGGGUUGGGCCUGCAUCUGCCCUGACUCACCUUCGUCCCAUGGGGCACAGAAGCCUCUUCUGCCCCAGCCACAUGUGUGGCUGGUAGGUGUCCCUUAUGGCAGGCCAGGGACUGGACGAUAUCCCCAUUAAGGACAAGGCCCGUUUUGACCAAUCACAUGGUUCCCCUGGAGGGCCUGCUGUGUGCCAAAAACUCCCACCCAAGGACCCUUGGGAUAUUCCACUGAAGAACCACUUAGAAGUAGAAACAGCUGUGGGGCCCAGCCGAGGAGCUGGACCUGACCAAGAAGACUAGAGGUCCUGGACUCUGUCCGCCUCCCAGCUAACCACAUCUCAGGGCCGGUGAGGUUCUGAUAUGGAUCCCAGAGAUGCUGUGGGUGUGCCAGGGUCCCUUGGGGAACCCCACUGAGCUACCCCUCUUCCUUUUGUCACCCAUUCUCUUCCUUCCUCUCUUUCACACCCAAGCCCAGGCUUUCCUUUACCACAUCGCUUUCCUUACUUUCUUGUGCCAAACUGAUAGAAAUAUCACCAAAUUGGUCUUUUUCUUUAAUGUCUUAGUCCCCUUUUGGCCAGCUGCUAUGCUAGGUAUGUCCCUGCCGGCUCUCCAGGACCCAGACAGGUGACAGCCUACUCUGCGAGGUUCCUGUCCACCAGCAUGCCCUCCCCAUAGCCCUAGAUCUGUAGUUCUGCUGCUGACGUACUAGGCCCAGUUGUGUGCACAUGUGCAGUAGAUGGAGUGGAUCCUCCUAUCCCCUGCCUUUCUCACUGUGAGGCAGGCUGAGGCUGAGAGUGGGCUCCCACCAGCAGAGCACUGCCAUCUGUCCACGUGAAUGUUGAGGGUAGUUGGGGUGGAGCACGCCCUUUAGCUGGGUAUCCUCUUGCUACACUCCUCCUCUCCUCUCCUGGGCUUUUUUUCUGCAACUGCAGCGUCAGGCCUUAUUCCACCACCACUGCAUGGUAGCGUCUCCAACAUCCUGCGUGCACUCUGCCUGCCCAGCUCUGCUGCUCCUGCUUCCCUGACCAGGGAAUGCAGCCUUUUAUUUCACACCCUGUCUCCUUCCCUCUUCCUCCACUUCCUCCCCACCUUCACCUUCUCAAAAUGGAAGGGAAAAAACUGUGAAUGAGGAAUGCUGACCGACAAACCAACGCAACUUUCAGAGGCUUCGAUGUCUCUUCUCUGGACAUUCUUUUUCACCUCUUAAGCACCAAAGUCGCAGGCCAGGUUGCAGGCCACUGAUCGCCAUGUUGAUUUUUAACUUGACGUUCUUUUUAAUUGUUUUAAAUUUUUCGUAGGGGAGUUCUGGGCAAAACAAAGUCACUGGGGAGAUCACUGCCAUUUUUACACACUCAACUUUUUAAAAUUACAACCAACCACAUACCAACUUCUUAACACAUUUGGGACACGAGCCAGCGUUUAAAAGGGAACCAACAAAACUCCAUAGCAUAAAGGAUGGGAUUUGGGAUUUUGUACAGUGAUAACAAUAUGACACAUGGCAAGGGAAGGACAUGGUGUAUAUAACUGUAAGAUACUGUUCUAAAUUAUUCAGGCCUAUACUUUCCAUUACUGGAGCCCUCCGUUGUGUGGCCACUCAGUGUGGUUUAUUUAAAGGAACCAACUCAUCCCCUCUCCCCAGAUAGUUGGUCAGCUGUGGACUCUGUGACCUUUGUCUAAACCUGUGUUGUAAGAUCUCGGGUCUCUCUCUCUCUCUCUCUCCCCCCCUUUCUCUCCCUUUCUCUCUCUUUCUUUCCCCCAACACUUUCUCCUCUUAAUCUGUUUUUCAGUCUCUUUGAAUCUUCAGUCUCUCUGAGUCUCAUUUUUUAAAAUGCUCUUUUAGAACAGGAAAUGGCUCAGAUCCUGCUGUGGCAUGGGGCCUACGUGUCUCUGUCGCGUCUGCUGUGAAGCACAUGAUGCUCUAUUUAUUGUAGAAAGUGACUUUAUUUGCUUUCUAGAAUUCUUUAUAACAGAUGGUAUAAGAGGUAAUAAACAGAGAAAAAUCUAUGCCUGUAAAGAAUACAAAAGUUAAUUUUACCUACUAUAAUAUGACUGUCGGAAACUUAUUUUCUCUUUGAGAAAUAAAUGUUCCAAUGGGC